GUUCAGUGUUUGAAAGAUUUUAACGAAUCACAUUCAGCGUUCACCGAUGCGGACUUGAUACAACUAUCUCCAAAUGCUCUCAACUACCGUCUACGGGCUGUACCAGUCGAAAUCGCGGAACAUACCAGAGAGAGAUACCGAAGCUGAAACGAGACGAGGACCGAAAAAGAAAAGCGGUGAAAGAGCAGCUCAGGCGGGAUUCAGCAAAGAGGAAACAUGAGGAAGAAAAAAAGAUGGGCGUGACCGACAACUUAUCGUGGCACGAAAAACUGCUUCUACACCGAUCUCCAUUAACCAAAGUUAGAUACGCUAAGACAGUUAUUACUGUGGUCCUGCGAAGACUCAGAACGGAUUUGGACGCCAUGCAACAUCUCUUUAUUGCCGUUACUUGUGGCGAUACCGAAAAGACUGGUUGUGUCGGCCUCCGUGGCCGCUCCAGUAUUCGAAUAUCUGGGCGGGAUAUGCCGAUUAAUCACGCAGUUGUCAGGUCAUUCCGAGGACCGAAGUUAAAAAACCUUCUGCCAAUGGAAACUUGCUGUUUGGAAGAAGGCGAAAUUUGCAUCAAUCCAUACCACUAUUACGAAGCCGCACCGGAGCGUUGUCCAAGGAUUGACGGUGGAACCCUUUGCGUGGUGUAUGGAUGCAGCAACCGACCGAACAAAUUUGCGGAUAUUUCGUUUUUUAAAAUCCCUAACAAAAGCGAAGACCAGCGCUAUCGGGCAUUCUUUGCCUUCUGCGACAGAAAAGACCUUGAAAAGACGGGAUUUCUGAAACAUCACCGCAUCUGCAGUCAGCAUUUCCGUACAGACGACAUUAUUUGGACCGGAUUAACGCCAAGAUUAUCUCUGUCAGCUGUGCCUACGGAGCGGCCGGGAUCAUCAAAUCCGACUAAAAUUAUUCAACCUCCACGGCGGCUGCUGAAUCGACUGGCAGAAAAUGGGCAACAUCAGUUUUUCUCCUCAAAAUUUUUCAUGAAGUUGAAGAGCGCUGAAUGUGAUCCCGUAAUCAAUGAAUGUGGAUUCACUGUCUUGCAACGCUCUGACAACGACAUUCUACUUGGCAAAAUUUCUGUUACCGCGUCUACCCCGGAAACCGUUCAUCAUGAUACCGUACUCGUACGAAUACUGCCAGAUGCAGCACCAGCGUUCUUUAUUAACGGUGUUCUGGUUGGUAACGAGUUAAAAGAUUAUAUUGGGAAUGAAACAGUAUCGAAUGAGCGCUCGCUGAAGAAACUUUUGACUUUUCGGAUUACGGAUAGGAAUGCUGUUAUUCAACACCAGUGCCUAGUUAUCGGAAAGCAGUGUGAUGAAUUGAUGGCAACACUUAGCAACGAUCCUGCAUGUGCCAACUAUGACAUUGAGGCGCAUAGUGAUCCGAAUGAAGAAGGCAACGAAUCCGACGACACCGAGGUUUUUCUACAUAAUCAGCAGAUAUCAUCUGUGGCAAAAUUCGCGAAAGAGUUAAUAGUCUCAGCUUCUAAAAAAUCAAAACAGCGACGAUAUUCCCCCUGGAUUAAACGAAUGUGUGCUGUGGCAAAAAAUCUGUCGGCUGCCUGUUACGACUUUUUUCGUCGUGUGCUUGGCGCUGCGCUUCCUCACAGUCGGACUCUGCGAGAUCACACAGCCAGUUAUGACAUUGAUGAUGGGGAAGAUGUGGAGCACAUGAGGAAACUUGGAGAGUUCUGUGAGACUAUUCCGGAUGCGUAUAGGGAUGUGAACUUAAUAUGUGAUGUUACGUACCAGACACAGCAGAUUGAGUACGUGAAUGGACGUGUUACUGGAGUAGCAGAAAAUCAGGAAGAAGUGAUUCCGGCGAAAAACGUAUUAAUAUUUAUUAUCCAAAGUAUUGUGGGAAACGUGCGGAAAAUCGUCUCGUAUCAUUUUGUGAAAAACCUGAAAGGGAAAGAUUUGGCAAAAAUCUUACUCCGAAAUCUUCGACUGCUAGCAAUGUAUACAAAGUUUCGGAACAGGGGAUUAUGUUCGGACCAUGGGGCUGAAAAUGUCGGCUGCCGCUCUGUCCUCCGCGUUCAGGAAAACGUCUUUCCUUGGAAGUUCCCUCAUCCGUACCUCGAAAACGAAAUGGUUAUUAUUAUUUUGGAUAUUAGCCACCUGCUGAAAAGGAUAUGGGCGAACAUUCUGAGAGCUUCCAACAACGGAAAAUUAUUUUUUGGCGAUUGGAUUUUUGAUAUAUCCCUCCUCCAAACACUUUUUGAUUUAGAGCGCUGCUCGCCGGUGAAAUACGCUCCUGAUAUCACACGAAAACUUUUAUGGCCUAAUACCUUUGAGAAAAUGUCCACCAGAACGGCGGAAGGGUUAUUUUCCGACCGUACAGUAGGAUGUUUAACGAUGUUGGUGUCUCAGACGCCGUUCCACCCACUACUAGUACGAAUGGCGGAAGUUCGUGGAGAAGAAGUGACCUCCAUAAAGUUCGGGCUUGAAAUUAUCCUUAAUUUUAUCCACUAUGUGCGAGGAUUUUAUUAUCCUUUAACAACGUCGUCUAUACAGCAAGCCCACCGUUUUAAACAACCUCUUUUCGAAGUUAUCACUCUUGAAAAUAUUGAUCGGAAAUUUGCAGAAAUGCUGGAUUCGCUUAGCGGAAUCGGGCCGCAUCCGCAGUGCAUCCGCGAAUCACUCCCUCGCCAGACAUGGACAGGCUUACAUGCAACUAUACACGGCAUAAAAGAAAUUUCCAGGGUUGCUCUCGAACGCGGUGCAGAAUAUAUACUGCCAAGAAAGCAGUGCAGCGAUGCUAUAGAAGAGCUCAAUGCGGCUAUAAAAUUAGGAACAACCAAAUUAACUGCAGGAAAAGUGCGCCAAAAUAUCAGUAAUAUCGAAGCGUACCAGGAACUGACCGAAAGCCCAAACGUUGGAAGCCGGUUCAAAACAAGGAAAACCAUGAUAUCGAUUUCUGACGCUCCCUUCCCAAAGCGCAGGAAAAAAUCUAAUCAUCAACUGCGUGAUUACUGCUUUUCUAAUUCGGAAGAGUCGAAACUUCUAAUAGGAUCGGAAGAAAUUACCUUAGAAGAAAAAAACAUGUUGCUGGAACAGCUUAUUGCAAAAGAUAGUCAUUUGUGGAUCUGCACUGGAAUGCUGGAUAUUAUUCACUCUACAUGGGAGUCGUUAGGACACCAAACUGAAAAAUGUGAUAGAGCGGAUAUUUUUGGGGAUGCCAUUGCCGAUGCUACGGCAGCGCUGGCUAGAACGGCUGAUCGAAAUUCAAAUUGCGAAAUGUGUCGCGGACAACUGGUGGAUAUUUUCUCGUCAUCAAGUGAUCUCCCCGGUGCAUCGUACAUAGGAGCGAGAAGUAGGGCUGAACUUUCUGGACUCUCGCUUCCCAGGAAAGCAACUUUUCUCCUUUGUAAAAGUGCUUAUAAUUUAUUUAUGAAAGCGGUGGAAUUCCCGGAGUUUAUAAAGAGUAAAUCGCAACUGGCUGUGAUUUUGAAGCUAAUGCUCAUUAAAAUGAGCUUGAGUAAUUUUCACCCUCUUUCUGAUCUCUGCUCGUGUAACUCAUACGUAGAAGUCGAGUACAUUCUUUUGCGCAAAACGUUUAAUCUUUUGUUGAAGAACUAUGUUAAAAAUAAGCGUGACGAUCUUUUUGAUUUGAAAUUUGGGAAGAAGCGGCCGGAAAAGAUGUCUGAACAACCGGCGAAACUGGCAAAACUGAAGUUUCACAACACGGUCGCCGUUUGCCAUGGUGGCGACACCUGGUGGCUGGGCUAUAUCCAGGAUAUCGGCGGCGACCACGCCUUCACCCACUCCGACUCCGAAAUAGCCGAAGCGCGCUGGAUACAAGUGCAGGACGUCUGGCAGCUGCCAUCCUACUGGGACAUUGACCUUUCGUACAGAGGUGUCUUAGAAGAAGACUUCAACGUCUUCUAA